CCAGGGGGGUGGUGCUACAGCGCACAAGGCGCUAACCCUGCGCUAUCUCCGUUAGAACUGCACGCAUAUUGUCGGAGCAGUUGUUAUGGAUGCAUUUGGAGAAAGAACCUCUCAACUCAAAACACGUCUGCAGUGAAGAUCGGGGAUGCUCCCCGGGAAGUUGUGAAGUCUGCGUGCGCUGCGACGGAUCACUUUUGGAGUUGCCAGCAGUGCGUUUCAAGUGGACACACGAUCUGGAGAACCAGACGCGCUGGUUUUCUUAAAGGUCGCAGGGGAGGGCGGGAGGGGGGGCUGCAUACAUUUUUAACAGUGGAGUGUAUUCUUUUUACGUGCAUUUUGAGUUUUUUGCAUUUCGUUUCUGUCUGUCUUUAUCAUGGGGGGAAGGAUGCGCAUCGGAAAGAUCUGUUUUCGCUCCGUGAAAGUUUAGACCCGCUCUCAGACGCUCAUUUUUGCAUUUUACUCGUGACACAAACCGAAGACUGCAGGAGGCUUAAACCGCCGGAGAGAGACAUGGCCAGCGAGCGGAAACCGCGGCUUUGUGUCAUGACCAAAGCUGAGGACGGGUAUGGAUUUCACUUGCAUGGCGAGAAAGGGAAGAGCGGACAAUACAUCCGAAAGGUGGAGAGCGGCUCCCCUGCAGAAGCAGCGGGGCUUUGCGCCGGGGACCGUGUGGUUGCAGUGAAUGGGGUCAACGUGGAGAAAGAGACGCACCACCAGGUGGUGCAGCGGAUCAAAGCCGUGGACAACGAGACCAGGUUGCUGGUGGUGGAUCAGGAGACGCACGAGAGCCUGCGCAGCCUCCGCCUCACAGCCACGGAGGAGAUGGCCGUGCUCACGGCCGGACGCCCUCCUUCAUCCUCCCCUUCCUCUCCCCCGGCCUCUCCCUCGCCUCCCCCGCCAUCGGCCUCGCCAUCGGCCCCGCCAUCGGCCCCGCCAUCGGCCCCGCCAUCCCCCGGCAAGAAGCGAGAGAACGGCUCGGUGUCCAAGCAGCCGAGCACCCAGGUGCAGAAGCCCACCAGGAGGUCUCCGUCGAAGGCUGCGAAGAAGGAGGCUCCCGCCCCGGCUGAGUCCCAGUCACGACCCCAAGUCGACCUGCCCGAGCUCGCCCCGCGCCUGUGCCACCUGACGCGCUCUGGCGCCGGCUACGGCUUUAAUCUCCACAGCGACCGGUCCAGGCCCGGGCAGUACAUCCGCUCCCUGGACCCGGGGUCCCCCGCGGACCAUGCCGGGCUCCGGCCCCAGGACAGGCUGGUGGAGGUGAACGGUGUGAACAUCGAGGGAAUCCGGCACGCGGAGGUGGUGGCCUUCAUAAAGAAAGGGGGAGAUGCGACCUGGCUGCUGGUGGUGGAUCCAGAAACAGACGAAGAGUUCAAGAGGAGAGGGAUUGUCCCCGCGGUCAGCCACGUCAGAGACUACGACGGCCCGUCCAUAUCCAACGGCUCGCUCAACCCCCGGACCAACGGCAGCUCCACCACGCGCUCCAUCAGGUCGCUCCACUCGGACCUCAGCAGCCGGGGCGACGGCACGCAGCUGGCGGACGAUGGCGGCGGCCGGACGAAGGACCCGUUCGCCGAGAUGGGCCUGCGUUUGAGCGCCACGGCGGCUGAGGAGAAGCUGAAGGUGCACGCCAAGGAAAAGAAGAAGGCGCCGCAAAUGGACUGGAUGAAGAAAUAUGAGCUGUUCAGCAACUUCUGAGACGUCUCCCGCGCUCCCAGGGACACCAGAAGAAAACAGCAUGAAGAAAGAGCUCUAUGACUUCAAAACAAACGGAAUAAUUAGCUAACAGUCCCACUGUUGAGAAGGAAGAGCGUCUUGAAAAGCAAGUUUCUACAAAUGUACCUGAAUCCUAUUUUUCCUGCUUAAGAGACUUGUUUCUACAAAUAAGCAGGACAGUUAUUUUUAUAUUUAAAAUGUAUCAACAAUAUAUAUAUAUAUAAAAACCAGUAACCCAUCAUCACGGACUGCAUUUAGGGAGUUCUAUGCGGUAGCGAUUGUGUGGAUAUCGUGGUGAUAUUUUAGCUCAUCAGUCAGAGGAAAAGUUGUCAGAAGAUCACUGUGAAAUAGUGGAGUCCCUCCGCCUCCAGCCCGCACAGACGUUGGAUAACAACCACCGAGCCGCGUGCACCGGUCUCCUACGUGUACUUUUACAUGGAGAUCAUUCACCCAUCGUCAGAUCCGCUUCAUUCAAAGAUCAAUUCACGUCCUAAUAGUGAUUCACCUCUAACCUCUUUACUGAAAGUGCUGCCGUGUACCGGUGCACCACAGAGGGACGCACCACUAACCAUAUUGACGAGGUGAACGAUGAAUACCAGGAACGUUUUAAGGAAGGUAGGGCUUCUCAGGACGAAAGCACGAUGAAGCGUCCAUCAUUGGAGGAGGCCAGCAGAGGGCAUCCUUCAACCACAAACACACAAACCAGACAGAGUAGGACUUUAACGUGGCUGUUCUGGCUUCUUAGUUAGGCCGGUAACUUUUUACUCGUUGCCUGGCAACAGCUCAGGGUCAACAAACUGGUGGGCCCAAAAUUCCAAAGUCAUUUUUACGCCUUUUGUACGGAUUAAACCAACAAGCUACAACAUGUUAGUGAGUGAGCCUUCGUGGUGCCGGGCCAGCCGCUUCCCUUGUGUCUGGUCUUUAUGCUAAGCUAAGACAAGCUAACCACAGGCUAGAUAGAAUGGCCUACAUUUUUUUUCGUCUAACUUAGAAUCCACCAAAACUGGCCUUCCGGUCCUUUAAUUAAAUAGGAGCCGUGGGGCCCUGGCAGAAAGCAGCAGAUAGAAUGUCGGAGGCUACAUGCAGGUUGUGGGGCGGAGGGAGUGUAGCAGACGCUCCCAACAGUGAGGUCAGAGAUGCUCCGGAGGAUCUACCGAAAGAGACUGUGGGAGCCAGCGAGCUUACUGAGGAUUACUUCACACACAGGGACAGCUGUCGUGCACACAUUUGGAGUCCAGUGUGUGUGUGUGUGUGUGUGUGUGGAGAAGGUAUGAAUGCCUUAAUCCUUGCGGUGUUGAUAAAAUGCAUCACUACGAGAGGGACAGCAAGUUGGAGACUCCUGUAGUUGGACGUCUUGUCUUUUGUUUUGUGCCCAUAAAUCAGCCCUGAUGUCUAGUAUUCAUCUCUGUGCAUCCGUCAGCGUUUGUUCUAACAGUCAAAAUGAAAAAUACUCUGUGUUACCAUGACUGAUGCAUAUACAGUACAUAGUAUAUAUGGCAGGUUGCAUUUUUUUCAAUAAAGUGUGACAAUGGCGAUUUUGGAUAUAUUAAA